AUGUACACGGUAGCUUUGCACACCUUACUUGGGAUGAGCAAGGUGGAAACUCAUGAGCAGCUCAAGGCUCAGGAUCUGCUGGUGGAGUUCCGAAAAAACACGGGACAGGCAGCAUUCCUAUCACACGAGUGGCUUGACAUUGGGCACCCUGACGCGGAGUGCAAGCAGAUGAGAGUCUUGCAGGAUGCUCUGAAGCACAUGAUGGGCAACUUGCACAGCAUACCAGUGGAUCUUGUGUCGGAAGGCUUUGGAGAGGGUGUCAAACCCUUGCCCACAUCUAAGCUUUCAGGACCGCUAUUUUUCUGGUAUGACUACUUUUCCUGCCCACAGAUGGACGAUGAAUGGUCUAGAGGAGUAUUGCUGGAUGCCAUCAACAGCAUCCCAGCCUAUGUGGAUGAGUGUUCAUUUUUUUUUGCGCUGGUUCCGGUGCUGGAACAUCCAAACCACGUGCUGACACCGUCCUCAUGGCACCACAGGGGGUGGUGCAGGUUAGAGAGAACUUGCAGAGAACUCUCCAAAGACCACUCUUGGAUCAUGGUUAAGAGUCCGACAGAAAUCGAACUCAUCACAAGUGCAACUGCAUCGAUGCUGGCUGGCUCUGGGCCAGUGGGUGAAGGCUUGUUCAGCGUGGAGGAGGAUCGCUUGAAAUUGGGACCAGUUCUCAGGAUCGUCCUCAAGCGCAAGCUGCUGAGCCUCCUGAAAUCGCAGAAUUGGCCUGGGUACCGUGCUUUGCUGAACCAGCAGGCUAUGAUGCUCCGAGGCAUGGAUUGCGAUUUCUUCUCGCCAGAAGUUCCAGAAGGUUUAGGCCAAGAUGGACAAGGCCAGAUUGAUCCGAGCCCAUCGCGUGUAGCAGGAUUCCUCCAUCAGAAUGGUUUCCGCUGA